AUGCCAUUCGGUCUCAAGAACGCCGGUGCUACCUACCAACAGGCCAUGAUGGUGGUGUUUCAUGAUAUGAUGGGAAAAGAGGUGGAAGACUACGUGGAUGACCUUGUAGUAAAAUCCAAAACUAGAGGAAGUCAUCAAGGAGUUCUGAGGCGAGUGCUGGAAAGGUGCCGGCUGUACGGGUUAAAGAUGAACCCAAAGAAAUGUGCAUUCGGAGUCUCACCCGGCAAGUUUCUGGGCUUUCAGGUACACCAACGUGGUAUAGAUGUGGAUUCUGAGAAAACCAAAGCCAUAUAUUCUUUUGCACCACCUAAGAAUCCAAAGGAGUUGAAGAGUUUUAUGGGAAGGUUGUCAUACAUUCGGCGUUUUAUUCCAGGCCUUGCUGCCAUGGUGAGUGUUUUCACUCCUCUACUAAAAAAAGGGAAGCCAUAUAUAUGGAGCCAGGAAUGCCAAGAAGCUUACCGACGGGUGCAACAACUAAUCACUAAGCUACCCACGAUGAGGGCACCUAUUCUGGGGCUUCCACUCAAGCUUUACUUGGCUGCAACGAAUGCUGCAGUCGGAGCGUUGCUUGCCCAAGAUGACCAUUUAUUAUGUAAGCUGACAACUAAGAGGAGCUGA